AUGCUACUUUGCGGCGUGUUCCCUGUGUACAAGGUGUUGUACGACUUUAUCCCCGUGGCGUAUCAGGGCGUUGCAGUUAUCAUUCUGCCGGUCUGGAAGUUUGCAGCGCGGCACUUGAUUGUGCGAAGUACACGGGACCUUGAAGAUGUCAUGCCCGUGCUGGUGACUCUGUCGGUGGAUUUCUUGAGCACCAUCUUCAUUUCAGUGUGCAUGUCGUCGACAAAGUCCAUGUCGCUGAUGUUUCUAUUCGUCGCAGCGAAUAUUGGACUAUCUUUGCUGGAAUUCCGAGCCAUGAGUACAAACGGGAAACCGCUUCUCAAGCUACUGGGCGAGCGAAGAAACUCCCAAUCAUUUACAGCAUCGCCGUCCGGGGCUCUACGGAUUCAAAAGAAGUCGAACGUAUCCGGUAGUACCAACCUUCUCAAGAUCAUCCUCAAUGUUGCCGAGGACUCCGCGUCAUCCCCGCCAAAAUCACUGGAAAAGGUUUGCUUAUGGGCGUGCCUUCCUUACCCCCUCACGUCAGAGAAACUCGAACUGCUUUCUGCUCUUGAUUCGUCAGGUGUGUACAGAGGUAGCCGAGGCCCAACUAGCAGAAAGAAGAACCAAGAACAGAAGAAUCAACGAAGCACGCAACUCGCAGCAAUAAGCUCACCACCGGACGCAAUUGUCGAACAUGGGACCACACCGAGGUUCAGCCAAAGAUCGAGGAAAAUUGUGGUUCAAGGUGUGCAACUGCUAUUUCACUCGGAAAUCGUGGUUCUUGUUCAAUACGUUGAGUGCAUCGUGUCCAUCCUUUUCUUGAUAUCUAAGUCGGUGCUGGAGCAAAUGCCGAACGUGGUGUACUACCCCGGCUGUGCUGGCAACUGGGACUUGGAAUCAGUUGUGAAUAUUUCGGUGUUUGCGGUGAUGGAAAUUGCGUUAUUGCUCUGUUUCAACUCGUUCCUGCGUCACCGAUUUGGCUUUUCUCCCUUUUAUCAGCUGGCGUUUGUGCUCGAGACGGAGGUGCACGUGGUUCAAGCGAUCCUUUUCAUAUUCACUCUAGUCGUAUUGCAGUACGAGCUGGAGCAUUUCGGUACGUUUGCGCGUUGGGGAAGUAUGCCCGGGAAGGUUGCGUGUCCUCAUUUAGUUGCGAUACCGUUUUUUUUUGUUUUGCGCUGCUGUAGGUGCAGAUUUUACACUUUGCUUCGUGUGGCUCCGUGA